AUGGAGCAACUGGGCCGAGAUUGGAAUGGUGGACAACGUCGCAAAGCCCAGACUCAAUCCACUAGUGGUACAUAUAUUUGUGCUAUCUGUGCCCACGCAUCAGAUGCUUGUGAUAAACAUAGGGAACAGCUUAUUUACUUAGAUAAGCUACUAAGACGAAGAUAUGUGGAAAAUGCUUGCAAACAAAAUCUACUAACAACUAGAGAUGGAACAAAUUAUGGACGCCUCUCUUAUAUUAACAGAAAUGACUGGUCAAAUGCAUGUCUAAGCAAAAAAUAUCUUGACCGAAAACUAUAUCGAGCAAGUAUUAAGUCAGCAAUCCCACUUCUAAUGGACAGACGACCGGUUUUUGUUAUAAAUGAUGGAGAAUUUACACGCAUGACUAGAACUAGUUUUAGACAAGACCCUAUGAUGUCUAGGGAAAGGAUUAAAAUUAAAAAAACAGAAAAUAUACUCACGGACCUGGUUUAUUGCGUGGGCGUACGUGUGAAAAUAGUUUUUUGUUUAAUACAGGGAUUUCAAAUAGUGUUAUAA